AUGAGAUAUACUUCUCUAUCUGGUCUGUUGAUACCGGUUUGUUUGGUCGUCAUCGUGCUUUCCAAAUUCUUCGACUGUCAGGAUAUCUGCGAAAACCCUGAAUUAGCGACAUAUGAAAAUGUGACUUCAGAAAACGGUUCAUAUAAAUAUUCUCGUCAUUAUUACUACUCACGAACAAUACGUCACAAUCAGCCGUAUCCAGUUGUUAGUGACAGUUUUAAAAACUUUAGUACCACUCAGGUUGUUACACCGAAAUUUUCGUUUAAAUAUUACGGUAAUGACGUCACUAAAUUUGGGAUUUAUAAUUAUGGCAAAAUAAUAAUGUUCGGAGAAGAAAAACGCAUCGGAACGAUACUUAAUUCUGUUCAGGGCGAUCGUUCGCGUGAAUAUGAGACGAUAGACAACAAUGAUUUCAUUGCUGUCAAAUGGUAUUUUCAGAAACGGUUUUCCGGUACAAGUAUUAUAGUCAAGAUAACUAGUGUGAUACAUUCCAAUGGGAAGAUAUCCCUCUAUUAUGAGAAC